AUGGCUCUGCUGCUCCUGCUGGCUAGCGCCCUGUCUGGGACCCUGGCUGCCCUGGAGCCACGGGCUCUGGUGCUGCGAGUGGUGGGGGAAACCGAGGCAGCCAGCGUUGAAGAGAAGGUUCAGGGGAGAGAGGACAGUGGCCUCCAGCUGUGUCGGUGGGACUCAGGAGAAACGUGGAGCCAGCGCGGGCGGCGGGGCGGCGUAGCUGCAGGAAGGAAGCCCCUCGACAGCCUCCCCCAGUGCCGGGUGUGGAGGGAGAGGCUGCGGGCAGCCUGGCCCCAGGGGCCCCACAGCCCCUGGUGCUGGCCCCCAGAGCUGCCCCAGACCCCAUGGCGUUGUGGUGCUGAGGGCCUCCAGGCCUCCCUGCCAUUGUCCCUGCAAAGAGGCUGUGCUCUGCGCCUCUGCCCAGCCCGUGGUGACAGCAGGCUCUUGGUAGAGGUGCAGCAGUCUCCCCGCUACGCGACCAUCCCAGAGGGGGGCUCGGUCAGCAUCACCUGCUCCACCAACGGGACCCUGAAAGGGCUCUACCUGAAGCAAAGCUGGCCCCAGGCCGCAUACGUGGUCUACUAUGAGGACGAGGAGAGCAGGACCUCCACUGUGGACCUGCGGUUCCAGGGCCGAGUCAGCUUCUCGGGGCCUCAGAACAACCUGACCAUCACCAUGCACCACCUGCGGAAGGCCGACUCGGGCACCUACACCUGCGAGGCAGUCCAGGACUUCCCGGAUAGCCACGUCCCAGGCCCCGGCACCAUGGUCGCGGUGACAGACACACUGUCCCUGCACGGAUGCCAGGACCCUCCACUGACGUCCCGCGCCCUCCCCGCUGCCCUGGCGGUGGGCUUCUUCCUCAUGGGGCUGGGCCUGGGGGUGCUGUGCACGCUGAGAAGGACGCAGAUUAAGGGAAUGUGCACCUCGAGGAAGAAGAGCCCGUCCAGCGUGGUGUAUGAGGACAUGUGCUACAGCCGCCGCAAUACCCUGUCCACCCCCAACCAGUACCACUGAGCCCACCAGGCCCUCGGUGCCCCUCUGCCCGCUGUCCUUCCGGCCCUGCCUCAGCAGAGCUUGCAGAGGCCCUGCUGACCUGCUGGCCCAGGUCCACACACAGGGACCAGGUUCCUGGGCACUUCCCAGCGGAUGGGGCACCUGGUCCAGGAAGCCUCCCUGCCCACCUCCCAGGCCCUCAGGGGGCUCUGAUGGUGCUGCCACCAGGGAC